GUCCUCUAUGUCGAACAGGCCGAUUGACUAAUCAAGGGUCAAACACGCGGAAGCAAAGCACUGCUGAAAAACUACUUUACCCAGAAGCACUUUGUCAAUUUAUGGCGGAUUCUACAGAGCGUGGCUAGCUACUAUCCAAAUAAACAACAACAAAAUCCAGCUAUAAUAGUACACGUUAGUGGGUAGAAGAUGCUGCGCAGAAAGCCCACCCGUCUGGAGCUGAAGUUGGAUGACACGGAGGAGUUUGAGAGUGUCAAGAAAGAGCUUGAGAGUCGGAAGAAACAGCGAGAUGAGGUGGAUGUUGUUGGCGUGGCGAUGUCGAGUGACAUGGUGGGGGCCGGUGGUGGAACAGGGGAUGGGAAGACACGGGAACAGAUGAUCAAUGAGAGAAUAGGCUACAAGCCCCAUCCUAAACCCAACACCUUGCCAUCACUCUUUGGAAACCUGCAAUUUUAGGUUCCUAACGGACACAGAGACCGCUAAAAUGGUUGGCCCCUCCAGCAUUGAUGUGUGGUUGGCACCAUAACUGUGCUCUUGAAAUGGUCAGGGGUAUUUGUUUACCUGAGAAGUGUAUCCCUACAAAAAAGUGUACUUUGAGGAUCAUAUUGCAUUCAUAAGUCUAAAGUAAUGUUGCUGCAUUUACCUGAAAAGUUAGGACUUGCAAUGCAAAGGGUGGCCUUUUGUACAAUGUAAUGUUUGAUGAGGGGUCGUGUACAGUGGUUUCCCUCCUUUAUUACAAACAUCCAGACUUGGUAGCAACUGUGGGAAGAUGGAUUAACUGAAUGGACUUUAACUAAAUCAGUCAUUACUUAA